UUUACACCGAAUUACUGGGAUUAUAAACAGUAACUGAGCGCUUGGAGGUCCCAAAGGGAAAGUAUCAUAGCAUCCCCUCCUUCUCUGCCCAGAGGAUGUCGUCUGAGGACGCUGUGCGGCAGACGCGCAGCCAGAAGAGGGCGCUAGAGCGCGAGGCUCCUCCAGUGGAGGUGGGAGACAGUAAGAAAGUGAAACUGGAGAAGGGGGAGCUGGGAUACGGAGUCAAAGGGAGUCGGGCGGAGCAAGUGAACAGAGUGGCCAGCUUUCUGAAGGCGGGGGAAGUGAAAGCCACCAUCAAAGUGGAGGUCCAGACCAACGAUGAGCCCGUCGACAUGACCACGUCCAAGACUGAUGUAAAGAAGGAGAAACGGCCUCCAUCGCCGGAUGAUGUCAUCGUGCUGUCAGAUAACGAACCGUCUAGUCCGUGUAUGAAUGGCGACAGUCACUCCUUUAAGAAAACAGACACAGAGUUGCUUAUGAAGAGCAGCCCUAAAGAACGAGAACGGAUCAUUAAACAGCUGAAGGAGGAGCUGCGUCUACAGGAGGCCAAACUGGUUCUGCUAAAAAAACUCCGCCAGAGUCAAAUACAGAAAGACAGCAGCACGCAGAAGCCUGUGAACUCUGUGGCCACCCCUCCUGCUCUGGUCAGAGGAAGCAUCAGCGCUGGGAAAGGCUCUCUCCAGGUUGCCGGUCGUAGUUCAGGCACAGUUAUCCCUCCUCCACUGGUCAGGGGAGGAACUCAGGUCUCGUCCAAAGUGGGCUCCCAGAACACCAUCGUCAUGCCACCCUUAGUCCGAGGGGCACAGCCCAUCGCAGUGACUCCUGCUCAGAUCCAGUCCCUGAGGCAGCAGCAGCAGCUGUCUGGGUCAGUCCCCCCACCCCUGCUUCUCGGGCCCAGGACAUCAGUACCCAACGUCCAGGUCCAGGGCCAGAGAAUCAUCCAGCAGGGCCUGAUCCGCGUGGCCAAUGUUCCCAACACCAACGUAGUGGUCAACAUUCCACAGGCCUCACCCACUAGUCUAAAAGGCUCGUCUGUGAACUCCCAGUCUGGACUGGGAACCAACGCCUCCCUGGCCAGCGUUAACGACUCUCCUGCCAGCCGACAGGCAGCGGCCAAGCUGGCUCUGCGGAAACAGCUGGAGAAGACCCUGCUGGAAAUCCCCCCACCCAAACCCCCAGCGCCCGAACUCAACUUCCUGCCCUCUGCCGCCAACAACGAGUUCAUUUAUCUGGUGGGACUGGAGGAGGUGGUACAGAACCUGCUGGACACACUGGCUAAGGGUAAACAGCAGGGGGAGCCCUUGCCUGCGUCGACUCCGGCCGUCAAAGACCCAUUCACAUGUAGUCAGUGUCAGACGGACUUCACCUCGCGCUGGAGGAAGGACAAGGCGGGCUCCAUCCUGUGUGAGGGCUGUAUGAGCUCCAAUCAGAAGAAGGCCUUAAAGGCGGAGCACACGGGCCGUCUGAGGGCGGCGUUCGUCAAGGCUCUGCAGCAGGAGCAGGAGAUCGAACAGUGCAUCCUUCCACAGGCUGCCUCGCCCAUCUCCAAAACCUCAUCUUCCUCCUCCUCGUCCUCCUCCUCGGGGCUGACGAAGACGGAGCAGCAUGUGCUGGUGUCUGGGCAGUAUAAACAAGGCCAUUCCGCCCUCAGCCAGCAGCAUCUGACCAACAGAACCACGCCCACAAGCCGAUACCACUCCACUGUCAAACAGCUUCAGACCUCCGUCCCAGCGGCUGCGCUGCUCAGCAGGCAAGGUAAGCAUGCCCUGCCCCUCCUGCGUGCCGCCCCAAAGGUCAACAGCAGCGCCAGCAGCAGUAACUCCACAGCCAGUGCCUGGAAGAAGCAGAACACAGCCACCGCCGCAGGAGUGACUAUGUCGUAUGUGAACCCCAGUCUGUCUGUACAUAAGGCUGCGUCGUCGACAGCGGCAGUGGACAGACAGAGAGAAUAUCUCCUGGACAUGAUUCCUCCACGCUCCCUCUCUCAGACUGCCAAUACGUGGAAAUAACUGCCCUCCCUUCUCUCUCUCUUUCUCCUUCUCAUCUCUCUCUCUCUCCCCCU